CGCCCGCGGGUGUGGAGCGCCGCGGGAUGCGGGGAGGUGUCGGGCGUUAGGUUCGUUUGGGACCCGCCGUACCAUGGCCUGGGCACCCCGAUCCGGUGGCCUUCUGCCUCCUCUCUCUAACGUACCCCCGUCGUGGGCGCAUCCCUUGGGCACUGGGAAUGAGCGGGGCGAAGGGAGUCGCGGAGGGCCUGGGCUGCUCGAUGCGGGGGGCGUCCCGCGCCGGGACCCCGACAGACAGCCGUGGGAGCCCGUAUCGGCCAGCGGCCCGAUGCCCUUCGCUCUGCAGCGGCUCCGGGCCACGUUGCUCCGUCUGCACCGCGAGCGGGAGCAGCUCCUGCGGGCCCGGGACUGCGCCCGCCACCUGCAGGCGGUCGUGCGGCUGCUCCGCUCCAGCCCGUCGGCUAGUGCCCUCUCCCUGCAGCAGCUGCACGGCGACCUGCAACUGUGUUCUUCGCGUGGGGCGGCUCUGCGCCUUGGCCUCCCGGGCUCCACCGAGACGCUUCUCCUGGCUCGCCCCGUCGGGCUAGCAGCCCAGCGCCUGGAUGCUGCCAUUGAGAUGCAGCUUCGCGCCCUAGGUCGGGCACCCGCCAGCCUGGGCCUGACGUCCCAGCUAGCCGAACUGUUGCUGGCCCUUCCCUUCUACCACACGCUACAGAGACAAGUCGUGAGCUGCGUUCCUGGGGCCGCGCGCCCAUUCCCCGCGACCCGUGUGCUCCACCUCCUAGCUGCUGAGCGGGGUUGUCAGGUGGCACACAGACUGGCUAAGGCCCUUGAUGGCUCGAGUUUACAAGACCAACUCCGUCGGCAGUGCGACGAGGAACGAGAGCUGCUGCCAGGGCUGCUCGGUCUAAUAGGGGGCGUGGCUAGCACCGACAGCAGUGGACUGAGGCUUGGAGGGCCCGGAGCCCUGUGGAGCCAGUAUUGGACCUUGCUGUGGACAGCCUGUGCUCAGAGUCUGGAACUAAGCGUGGGGCCCUGGGGGGACCCCAGAGCAGUGGCCCAACGGCUGAGUCAGGCACUGUGUCAAGCAUCCCUGCCUCAGGAGUGUGAGAAGGAGCUGUUGUCUCUGUGUCACAGCCUGCAUCAUCGGUCUCUUGUCUGGAGCUGGGACCAAGGGUUCUGCCAGGCCUUGGGCUCAUCCCUGGUGGGUCAAAGCAGCCCUGUUUCACCAUCUCAGACUGCUGAGCUGUUGCAGCGGCUUUUUCCUCCGCUCUUAGACACGCUUCGAGAGCCUAAGUCAGAACUUAGCCUGUGUCUGCCUCCAGGUCCUGCACCUGUCGCUUUGGGGCUCUGUACCCUGCAGACAACCUUGAUCUGGUUCUUGGGCAGAACUCAGCAUCACCUGGCAGCCUGGACUCCUGGCUCCUUCCUGCUCCUGAUCCAAAAGGACUUGCCUCCUCUACUGCGUGCAGUGGAAGAUCUGUCCAGCCUGACCUCAGAAGCAACCUUAACCCUGGAGGUGGAGCAGCAGCUGGGCCUGGAGAUCCAGAAGCUAACUGCAAAGAUGCAGCUCCUGCCCGAAGAGUCGCUGAGUCUCUUUUUCCAAGAAUGCCAUAAACAAGCCACACAGGGCUUCAAGAUCCACAUGCCAAGGGGUCGAUACUGGAGGCUUCGACUGUGCCCUGAACAUCCCAGUGCUCCUAGUGAGUAUGCAGGGAUGGUGGUCUGCACUGUGCUGGAGCCUGUGUUGCAAGGACUGCAGGGAUUGCCACCCGAAGCCCAAGUCCCCGCCCUCAGCCAGGCACUGACAGCCAUACUGGGUGCCUGGCUUGAUCACAUCCUCACCCAUGGGAUCCGGUUCAGUCUGCAGGGGGCGCUGCAGCUCAAACAAGACUUCGGAGUGGUCAGGGAGGUUCUGGAACAGGAGCAGUGGGGCCUGUCCCGGGAGCUUCGCCAGAUUCUGCUCUCACUCAGCAUCUUCCAGCGGCUAGAUGGGGCCCUGCUGUGUCUACUGCAGCAGCCCCUGCCCAAGAAUCCAGGCCACAGAAGACCUUCCUGUUGCUGUGAGUCAUUCAUUACCCCUCCCCAAUCCCAGGUUUUCCCAAGUCCUUCCAUCACUGCUUUAAGAGACCACACCCCCAUCUCAUCAUCGGCAUUAGCAUCACCCACCAACCUGCCUUCCAUGCCUGCCUUCCCAGGUUUUUGUAAUGAAGUCCAGACCACUGAACUGCCCACCAGCAACCUCAACAGCCUGGAGAACUUGGCACCACCUCUACGGCCUGGAGUCUCCCCAGCCCAGAACAUGCACCUGCGAAGCACCCUAGGAGGAGGAGGACCCAGUCCUGAGGCUUACCUGGCUGGAAACCAGCAGGCCUGGCUUGCCCUAAGGCUGCACCCGCACCCUCGGUGGCACCUAUCCUUUCUUUCCUGCCUAGGAACAAGCCCUGAGCCCUAGGUUGCCUAGGACCAGGAGUUCCAAAUCGUGGGCAGUUAAGCUCCAGUCGAGGAACUGUGUGUUAGGCUUAAAAUCGGGAUCUAGGGAGAACCACGUAUAUAAACUACACAGUCUGGAAUUGAAUCCAAGAUCAUCCUAGUACCUGGAAUCCAGAGUAAUGGGCAAACUACAGCCGGAAAUCUGAAAGUCCGUGACAAUGAAGACAAGAGCUAGAAAUAGCUAGAUUUACAGGGUUGGCUCGCAAGAGACAGAAGCAUGCUUUCUCUCGAAUCCCAGCAACAAGGCUAAAGUUAAUUAAUUCAUGGGGAAACACAGAUGGAGCAAGCAUUUCUACACGUGGGGAACUUGUCUUAAGCCUGUUUCUAUUUUUAGUCAUUAAGCUGUAGGACCUUGACAACAUUUAAACUGUUCAAUUACCAGAUGAGGCUUGCUUCCUGGUGGGGUGGA